CAGUUCAUGCUCUCUGUGUGUCCUGAGCUCAGUGUCUCUGCAGCGCUGCCAUGGACUCCGACAACACUUUCACCGGAAAAUAACUUUGUAUGCGGCUGAUGUCCACGGGCUGGACGGCUCAGAGACGAGGACAGGAGACGGAGAGAGAGGAGCAGCUGCCGGACUUUGGCUGGAAAGUUAGACUACUUCUCUGUAGCACCGGGAGGGAUCAGAUCAGCCUGACACCAGGUCUGUUUUUCGGGAUCCCGGUUGGGACUGUCUUCCCUGGUGUUGGUUGAGUGUAAUACGCCCAUACUGCCUGGAUCUUUUCUUUAGCAUUGUGGGGGAUUGGUCAACUGCUGGUUUGAAAGUGCAGCACUGAGAAGUUGCAUCACUAUGGAAACAGUCAACAGCAGCGCCAACACGAACCAGUCAUCGGUGUUCAUCACAAUCUUCAACUCCAGCUGUCGCUUCGACGAGGAGUUUAAAUACAUCCUGCUGCCUGUUUCCUACAGUCUGGUGUUUGUGGUCGGCUUCGUGCUCAACGCUACAGCUUUGUGGUUGUUCCUGAAGAUGCGUCCGUGGAACCCCAGCACGGUGUUCAUGUUCCACCUCGCCCUGUCCGACUUCCUGUACGUCCUCUCCCUGCCCACCCUCAUCUACUACUACGCCAACCGCAGUCACUGGCCCUUUGGAGUGGCCGCCUGCAAAAUCGUGCGCUUCCUCUUCUAUGCCAACCUCUACUGCAGCAUCCUCUUCCUCACCUGCAUCAGUGUGCACCGCUAUCUGGGCAUCUGCCACCCAAUCAAGGCACUGACCCUGGUGAAAUCCCGCCAUGCCCACCUGGUGUGCGCCAUGGUGUGGGGCGUGGUGACUGUGUGCCUGGUGCCCAACCUCAUCUUCGUCACCACCUCCAGGAGGGACAACGACACCCUGUGCCAUGACACAACCAGCCAGGAGCAGUUUGAGGAGUACGUGGACUACAGUUCUGUCGUCAUGGUGCUCCUAUUCGGCAUCCCGUUCCUGGUCAUCGUGGUGUGUUACUGCUUGAUGGCGCGGGCACUAUGCAGACCCAGACGGGGAAUAUCUACCAGCCAGCAGGGCGCUGCUUCACGUCAGAAAUCCAUCAAGCUCAUCAUCGUGGUGUUGGUGGUGUUUGCCGUGAGCUUCGUCCCGUUUCACAUCACGCGGACGCUCUACUACACCUCCCGCGUGUUGGAUCUUAACUGUGAAUUCCUCAACAUUGUCAACUUUACUUACAAGAUCACGAGGCCGCUGGCAAGCAUCAACAGCUGUAUUGACCCUAUUCUGUAUUUCCUGGCCGGGGAUCACUACCGGUCCAAAAUGAUGUCCGUUUUGACAGGAAAUAGACAGAUGACAAGCAGCCAAGCACCUGAACAGGCACAAACACAGCCGAACCGUAACCAAAGCAUUGCUCUCAUCUAUAAGAACCCAGCCCUUAAUGCAGGUGGAAAUUUUGACAGAUAGUAUGACGUUUACUGCAGAAAAUCUGAAGUAUUAAACAUGUAUCAAUGCAUGUAGGAUUUCUGCUCAAGGUAAAGCUAACAUUUCUAAUGUCAAAUGUAAAAGCAUCUGCAUGUUUUUUUUUUUGCACUGAGAGGUUAUGAAGAGAAUCAGUUUACUGUAACAUUUACAUACAGUAUAUGUCUUCACUACAUCAAACUUCUGUUAUAAGGACUGUGUUUAACAGCCUGUGUGUCACUUCCUCUAGCUUUUAUUGAGGUAACUGUGUUUGUAAGAUAAAGGUAAAGUGGUAAAGAUACUUUACUUUACCUCAGCGUACAGUCUUCUACCACAAAGGGAGUUUUCCACCAAACUUCAGUUAUAAUAGACAGUAUUUACGUAGCUUUAUACUGUUCCUCUUUGUGGGGAAAAAUGGGGCCUAUGUAGAAAAAAAGGUUUACCUUCAUAUUAUGGAAAUGAAAACUGAGAUGCUGGCUUUAAGAGUUUGACGCUGGUGGUCAAAAGUGCAUUAAAGGGACAGUUCACAUGAAAAUCAAAAAUCUGUAUUUUUUCCCUUACCUUCG